AUGCAGCUCCGUCCGGGAGCAGCCAUGCUGCGCAGCACCACGUCAAUAACGUCACGAUCUCUCCUCUCCUCCUCUCCCUCCCGAUGCGCGCAAUGUCGGCGACCCGCCCCCCUCGACCUCCGGUUACCUCUGACUAGUGCUCUGUACCACUCUUCGUCGAAACGGUCCUCUGCUUGGGGUGCCGCCGUCUCUGUCGCAUCGAACAUUGCCGCCAAUGCUGUCAACCGCGUCAUCCCGAAAGGGGAUAUGCACAUCGAUCCGCUGCGGACGGUGGCCAAGGAGAUGAAGUUCCUGACGGGCAACAUUCGGAAGCUUCUGGGCUCCGGCCAUCCUUCGUUGGAUCGUGUCGCCAAGUACUACACACAGGCUGAGGGCAAACACAUGCGGCCCCUCAUCGUCUUACUUAUGGCGAGAGCCACCGCCCUCUGCCCAAAGGGCCCCCGACUGCACUCCGGCCAAGCUAUUGGCGGUGUCGACACGGCGAUAUCUCCUCCCAACAUCCUCGUUGACGUCAAUCCAAGCUCGCCCCUUACGAGUGCUGCUCCCGAGCCAGCCGAGGUCGACUCUGAUAUCCUCCCUUCCCAGCGUCGUCUCGCCGAGAUCACCGAGCUGAUCCACACGGCGUCUCUGCUCCAUGACGAUGUCAUCGACCAUUCCGUUUCGCGCCGCGGAUCCCCUUCGGCGAACCUUGAGUUCGGCAACAAGAUGGCCGUUCUGGCGGGCGACUUUCUCCUCGGCCGCGCAUCCGUAGCUCUGGCUCGCUUGAGAAACGCCGAGGUCAUCGAGCUCCUCGCCACAGUCAUCGCGAACCUUGUCGAGGGCGAGUUCAUGCAGCUCAAGAACACUGAGCAGGAUGAGCGGAGACCCGUGUGGUCGGAGGAGACAGUGACCUAUUACCUUCAAAAGACGUAUCUGAAGACGGCCAGCUUGAUUUCCAAGUCGUGCCGUGCUUCCGCAAUCCUCGGUGGUUCGGACGCUGCUUCGGUCGAGGCAGCGUACGCCUACGGCAAGAACCUGGGUCUUGCAUUCCAGCUCGUCGAUGACAUGCUCGACUACACAAGGAGCGAGAAGGAGCUGGGCAAGCCGGCCGGAGCCGACCUGGAGCUGGGUCUCGCGACGGCCCCACUGCUAUUCGCGUGGAAGACGACGCCGGAGCUGGGCGCCCUAGUUGGCAGGAAGUUUGAGCAGGAGGGCGACGUUGCAAGGGCUCGCGAGUUGGUUCUCCAAAGCGACGGCAUUGAGCAGACGAGGGCACUAGCCCAGGAUUACUCAGAAAAGGCCAUUGCAGCCAUCAGCGAAUUCCCUGACAGUGAGGCCAAGGACGGGCUUGUUGAAAUGGCUGUGAAGGCGUUGAAGAGGACAAAGUAA